CGAACGCGGGCGCCGGGCAGCCUGCGGCGGGCGGACUGGGACCAGACCCCUCGGGGGGCGGGACCGAGCACUGCGGCCGGAUGGAGGACGAGGAGGAGGAGAUCACCGCCGCCACGCUGCGGGGCAAGCCCCGGCCGCCGCCCAUCUCUGCGCAGUCCGCCUUUAGCUACGUCCCGCCGCGGCGCCAGGACCCCAAGGAGUACAGCUACUACUACCGCCAGGGCAGGACCGGAAUCAUUUCCCUCUAUGACUGUGUUUUUAAGAGGAACCCAGGUUAUAAUCAGAAAUUGCACCGAGACGACAGAGAACAUGCAAAAAGCCUGGGACUUCAUGUUAACGAGGAGGAGCGCGAGAGGCCAGUGUGUGUGCUGACGUCUUCUGUCUAUGGGCGGCGCAUCCACCAGCCUGUGGAGCCCCCGAACCGGGAUCACUGCCGCGCCGGCCACGUGAAGGCCGACUUCUACCGGAAGAACGACAUUCCCAGCAUCAAGGCUCCCGGCUUCGGUCACAUUUCUCCGGCCUGACGCCCUCGCAUGGCCCGAAGGGCGCGGG